CUGAGGGGAAGAGAAAGAGGUCUAAAAGCUAAGCGCUUAUGAGCGCGCGGAGAGAAGCUCUGAUUGAGAAAUAAAUAAGGACGUCCGUGUCACUUGCGCUGUAGAGGCGUCGGAUUUAACAAAACAUUCCUUACAAACCUUUUCAAACGUGGGACGUACAGCGCGCUUUCUUUCAGAAACUUUCUGCCUGUCUUUUUUUUUAUUCUGUUCAUUCAUUGGUACUUUUGUGGCUUUAAGCACAAAGUCAUAAGACUGUGCCAGACUAUAUUUACCUACUAGUAUAAAAACAACCUGCCAAAGUGAACAACUCGGAUUAAUAAGAAGAACCAGGCAAUAGCCUACAUUUGGACACGAUUUCGCGUUCUGUCAGACUUCUAGGUAUGUCUGUUGAAGAUAGUUCAGCUCUGGAGAGGUAACCAGGUGUCACUGUUGCAAUGGCAACACAGAUGCUGCCGUUGUUGCCUGCCCUCCUCACUGUCCUCCUUGUUUCCUGGACAGCGGCCCAGGACAUGGAUUGGCAUUUUGACUCUGCUAAGUGUCGCUACGCUCUGGGGAUGGAGGACGGCACCAUACCUGACUCUGACAUCACCGCAUCCAGCGCCUGGUCCGACUCAACCGAGGCCAAACAUGGCAGGUUGAGUAAUGGAGAGGGGGACGGGGCAUGGUGUCCGGCUGGUCCGGUGUUUCCCAGCGGCUCAGAGUACCUGCAGGUGGACCUGCAUAAGCUUCAUUUCCUGUCUCUAGUGGGCACUCAGGGUCGCCACGCAGACGGGCUGGGGAGGGAGUUUGCACGUAGUUAUCGGCUGCGUUACUCUCGUGAUGGACGACACUGGAUGACCUGGAAGGACCGCUGGGGACAGGAGGUGGUGACAGGGAACGAGAACACAUAUGAUGUGGUCCUGAAGGACCUGGGUCCACCCAUCAUAGCACGCAUGGUGCGCUUUUACCCACUGGCGGACCGUGUAAUGAGCGUGUGUUUAAGAGUUGAACUCUAUGGUUGUGUCUGGAAAGAUGGACUGAAGGCGUACACCGCUCCCGUGGGUCAUGUGAUGACCCUCUCAGGCUCGCCUGUCUACCUUAAUGACUCCGUCUAUGAUGGCAGUAAAGAGGCAGGGGUGAUGUUCGGCGGAUUGGGCCAGUUGUGUGAUGGUGUUUUAGGUGGGAAUGAUUUCAUGGAGAGUAAAGAGCUGAGAGUGUGGCCAGGAUAUGAUUACGUGGGCUGGAAUCGAGAUUCCCUGGACCAGCCCACUGUUGACAUUGAGUUUCACUUUGAAAAAACACGGGUCUUUCACACCAUGCAGGUGCACAGUAAUAACAGACACACUCAAAGUGUGCGGGUGUUCAGCGAGGUGGUGUGUGAGUUUAAGGCCAGUCUGUUGAGCCCGUGGGCGGAGCCUGCGCUGAGCCUUCAAGUGCCACUGUCUGACCUACAUGACCCUUCAUCCCGCACCAUCUCACUGCCACUUGGAGGACAACCGGCCCAGAUUCUCCGCUGCCGCUUCUCUUUCAGUGACCGUUGGCUCCUUAUCAGCGAGAUAAGCUUCUACUCUGAGCCGUUUGAGGAUGGAUCUGUCCUUCCUCCUCUCCCUUCCUCCAGCACUCGUCCUAUCAAUGCCACUUCUCCUCACACCCCCAGCCCUGCAAACGGAACCAGCAGCACCACCGACCUCCUCAUGACCAUUACUUCACUGCUGCCCAGCAGCAUGCCAACAGAGUUCUCUGCCAUCACUCUGAGGGCGGGGUUACCUGUGGCCAAAGAUGACAGCAGCAACACGGCCAUUCUGAUUGGCUGUCUUGUUGGAAUUAUCCUGCUCCUAUUGGCUAUUAUAGCCGUCAUACUGUGGAGGCAGUACUGGAAGAAGCUACUUGGCAAGGCCCAAGGCAGCCUCUCUAGCGAUGAGCUGCGGGUUCAUCUUUCGGUUCCAUCGGACAACGUGGUGAUCAACAACACUAACACGCACACAUACUCCAGCCGCUACCAGCGCAUACACACUUUCCCUGACGACAGGGACCGAGAAGGAGAAUACCAGGAGCCCAGCACUGUACUACGGCCCCGAGAGCAGCGGGACAGCACAGCACUGCUGUUAAACAACCCAGCAUAUCAUCUCCUCCUGUCUGACCUGACACAUGGCCCCAACAGGCUGACAAACUGCCACAGCCAGCAAGAAAAGCCCCAAAACCUGUCCCAGGCAUGUGCUAUUGACAUGGUUGAUAAAGGCCUACCCAUUCAGGAGGGACCGCCUCCUUACCCUGGAGCUCCGCCCCCUGGUUUAUCAGGGGCUCAUUAUGGAGAAGCAUCAGGAGGCGGGGGGAGUGUCCCUCAUUAUGCAGAAGCUGAUAUCAUCAGUCUGCAAGGCGUUAGUGGUAACAAUACAUAUGCAGUUCCUGCCCUCUCAGCCACGCCCACUGAUUGCCCACCAUUGCCUGAGUUGCCACGGGAACGACUUAUAUUCAAAGAAAAGCUGGGAGAAGGACAAUUUGGAGAGGUUCAUUUGUGUGAGAUUGAAAACCCCCAGGACCUUGCAAACCUUGAGUUCCCAUUUAAUGUCAGGAAAGGACGCCCUCUUCUGGUAGCUGUGAAGAUUUUACGGCCAGAUGCCUCUAAAAAUGCCAGGAAUGAUUUUCUGAAGGAGGUGAAGAUCUUAUCUCGCCUGAAGGAUCCGAACAUAAUCCGCCUGCUGGGUGUGUGUGUAAGCAGCGAUCCAUUGUGUAUGGUCACAGAGUACAUGGAGAGCGGAGACCUCAAUCAGUACCUCUCUCAUAGAGUGUUGCUGGACAAGACUGGACCUUCACAUAAUACACCAACCAUCAGCUACCCAGCUUUGAUCUCCAUGGCGAGUCAGAUCGCAUCAGGAAUGAAGUUCUUGUCGUCUCUGAACUUUGUGCACCGAGACCUGGCCACACGAAACUGCCUGGUGGGUGGAGAGAGGGGUGAGGGGGAGGACAGCGGUGGAGAGCGUCCAAUAAAGAUAGCUGAUUUUGGCAUGAGCAGGAAUCUCUAUGCUGGAGAUUAUUACAGGAUACAGGGACGAGCUGUGCUGCCUAUUCGCUGGAUGGCAUGGGAGUGCAUCCUCAUGGGGAAGUUCACUACGGCAAGUGACGUGUGGGCAUUUGGCGUGACGCUAUGGGAGAUGUUGAGUGUGUGUCAGGAGCAACCGUACAGUCACAUGACUGAUGAACAGGUCAUUGACAACGCAGGGGAGUUUUUCAGAGACCAGGGCAGACAGGUGUACCUGUCUCGCCCGGCUGUUUGCCCACAGGGUUUGUAUGAGCUGAUGCUAAGCUGCUGGAACAGAGACUGUAAACUACGGCCUUCCUUUGCGUACAUUCACUCCUUCCUCACCGAAGACGCCAUGAACAUGGUUUAGAGAGUAACAGAGAAGAAGAAUGUAAGAAAGUGUGUGGACCACAGACUGGUGGUGUGUUUUUUAAGCAGACACGGCUAAGCACUCUUAUGUAAAUUAGUGUAUUUUUUGAUCAGUGGGUUGGGGCGAACAAAAGCCGCAGGUUCGGUGCCCCUAAAUGACCCACUUCUCAUCCCUUAUCCUGAAAUCCUGAACUCUUCAAGCAACAUUUUAUCCCCAAAUCGUAGUGUUCCCCCACUAUUCAUACUUGUCACAUCUCUAUUUCACAGUAUUUGGUUUCACAGAGCUCACAUUUCCCAGAAUGCACCACAGAAAUGGCAUUACUUUGCCUUAUUUAUUUUCUUUAAAAACCUGAGAAUGAAAUCUGUGUGUAAAUGUGUCUUGCUGUGAAACUAAAGUCUUUUGUGUUCUGUGAGGUUCAGUACUGAUGACUAAGCUCUGACAAUGAGCUAACGGGAAUAAUAUGAAAUUGAUUUUGGCAUAAAAUGUUGCUUGGCAUCUGAACCUUAAAUCCUGGUCCUGUAAUCUGUAUCAAAACUGUCUCUUCAUUCCCUGAACACUGAAUAUAUCUCAAAACAUAAUCAUAUGAACUGGUGGAGGGUUUUUGUAGCUAGAUGACAGGCAGCACCAAAAGCACACGGCUCUACAAACUGUCCAUUUAGUCGUAGUUAUCUACAGGCAGCAUUUGACAAAUGAUUGAUUAUACAUAUUAAAACAUACUAUAGAAGAAAUACAGAAAUAGUUUUUUCUACUUAAAUAUUAAGUAAUAAUAGUGAGUAACAUUUUAACAGUCUAACUUUGCUACCAUUUGUGGUCAUGUAGAGGAUGUAUCAGCCAGUUUUUCGUGUCUUUUUUGUGGUGGAGGGUAAUUCAUCAUCACUAAACAUUAACAUUUGAGUGGGAUGUUUUCAUUUCAAUAAUAUGAAAUGAGUUUUUGCUGAAUCAUUGUAACGAUGGAAUCCCAUACAGGGGCAAAUUCACAAGUCAUUGGACCUCUUGGAGUUUGAUGAAUGUCAAAAACAAACGUUGAAUAGCUUCCAGUUAUUUCAAAUAUGACACAAGGUACUAUAAUAAUGUAAAACAAUUGCUGAUGUGUGAAACACAGGCUUUUGACAUAAUAUUGUCAAAUUGCGCUGUAUUAGAAGAUUGAUAUUUGUGACUCCACCCCUGUUUGUCUGCACAUAAACGGUCCCUUUAGGCUCAUUCACACCAAGAACAAUAACUAUACAUAUUGUGUAUCGGUGUGGAAGCUAAUACAUUAUAGUUAUCUUUAUAGUUAUCAUUCUUGGUGUGAACGGGCCUUUGCUCUGCUAUCUCAAGGUUUAUGGUCACUUCUCCCUUCAUUAACUGUAAAGCGCCGUUCACACCAGGAACGAUGGCUAUAAAGAGCGUCCACACCAACAGACCACAACAUUCUGCUUAUUUUAAACAUGCACAGCAGUUUUGUCGUCUACUGCUUUAAAUGCACAAGCUCUUUAAAGGGUUAGUUCACCCAAAAAUGAAAAUUCUGUCAUUAAUUAAAUAAUGUCGUUCCACACCCGUAAGACCUUCGUUCAUCUUCAGAACACAAAUUAAGAUAUUUUUGAUAAAAUUCAAUGGCUCAGUGAGGCUUCCAUUGCCAGCAAGAUAAUUAACACUUUCAGAUGCCCAGAAAGCUACUAAAGACAUUUUUAAAACAGUUCAUGUGACUACAGUGGUUCAACCUUAAUGUUAUGAAGUGACGAGAAUACUUUUUGUGCGCCAAAAAAACAAAAUAACAACUUUAUUCAACAAUAUCUAGUGAUGGGCGAUUUCAAAACACUGCUUCAUGAAGCUUUACGAAUCUUUUGUUUCGAAUCAGUGGUUCAGAGUGUGUAUCAAACUGCCAAAGUCAUGUGAUUUCAGUAAACAUGGCUUCGUUGCAUCAUAAGUGUUUCGAAAUUUCAAUAGUUCACCACUGGGGGGGCGUGAUUUUGGCUGUUUGAUACAUGCUCCAAAUCACUGAUUCGAAACAAAAGAUUCGUAAAGCAUAAAAAAUAUCUUAAUUUUCCAAAGAUGAACGAAGGUCUUACGGGUGUGGAACGACAUGAGGGUGAGUAAUUAAUGACAGAAUUUUCACUUUUGGGUGAACUAACCCUAAGUUGAGAGGAUUCCAACUGGCUGUCAAUGUUUGUAUCGUUCAUCAGCUUGGAAAAAAUAAUUUUGUAAGUGAUUCCUACAAUAUCAUUCUUUAUGGCCCAUCCACACCCAGGAGUAAGGGUAACUAUAAAGUUUUAAUAUUCAUUCUAAUUCUAUGAGAAUGUGUAGUUCACACCACAAGUAUAACAAUAACAAUCACUUUCAGAAUUUUUUUUGCCAACUAAAAAAAAAAAAAAAAAAUAAUCGAUGGCCAAUAAGAAUCCACCCAAGUUUAAAGAGCUCAAGCAUUUAAAGCAGCAGACGACAUAACUGCAUCGCACUCAACAUGAUGUUGUCAUCCAUUUGUGUGGACGCCAAUAUAGUUAUCGUUAUAGUUCUUGAUGUGAAACGGGGCUUACGUGUGAAUGUGAUUUAUUGGUAGUCAUUUUUGAUGGCACAGAAAAUGACUAGAAAGAGUUUUGUAAUUGACCUGCCAAUACAUGGACUGACUUGAACUAAGCUGAACACAGAUCAUGAACUUGUUGGUACCAGUAUGUGCUGGGUUAAAGUAGACUUUUGGAAUUCAAAGACUCUUUUGGAUGGGAUGUAUGGAUGUAUGUACUACCAAUGCACUAUUUGAAAGGACUCAAUAUGAGCCUGGACUUGCCAGAAAUUGAAACGAUUGGGCCUGGAAAGUACAUAGUAAGCGAAAGAAAGGAAAAAAACAAGCAGAGUGGCCACAGAAAUGUAAAUUUAUACCAAUAAGAAAUGUAUCGUUUAUAAACAGAAAUAGAAAUAGAAAUAAACUAAGAAAAUAGAAAAAUAACCAAAGCAUUUGUCCUGAAUUUACCAUGUAAACCUGUGGGACACUUGCAGAGAAACUCUCUUAAAGCUACAGUACGUAAUUGCAUUUAAUCUCGGUGGUUUCAGUGACUGCAGACUGUACAUUUAACUUGAAACUCAUGUGGUGACGCCACCUCAUCCUCAUUUAAGAGGAAGACUGUGUGUGUAGGUGGGGUGGAGAGCAACAUAAGUAACAUUUACUGUAAUAUACACAGAAGAAUGUGAUUCCCAAAUGGUUAUGUUGCCAUGCCCGAUUAUGCUUACUGAAUGACCUUUAACCUUUUUUGGUACACUGAGGCCUUUUGUUGUAUUUUUAUAAAUAUAGUUUUGGGCAUGUUCUGUCCUCAGCUAUUCAUGUUUCUUAAAUAAUGAAAAAUGUAAAUAAUUCAUGGGACAUAAUUUUCUUCAUUAAUAUUGCUAUCUGUUAUUAAUAGGGUCUGUCUGUCUCUGUUUUAGACUCCCUGCCUGUGUUAGUCAGUGUCAUUGCCUGUGUUGUCUAUUUUUGUAGAUGUUUUAAUAAAGUAACCUUUUCGAAGAAA